UAGAAUUAUAGAAGGUAAUAUUUAAAUACAAAUCCGAUAACUGGUUAAAAUAUUUAUUACUACACUUUCGAGUUUUGACCGAGUUUUACUCCCUACUCCCUAGUGUCUUUUAUUCAGUGUUAUCGUUUGUCUGUUUACUGUUCACUGUUCAGUAUUUUCUAAUAUUUAUGAAUUAUAGGUAUGUAGUAGACAGUUAGCAAGGAACGCAAGUAGCACGGCAUUAAGUUCAGAUACUCAAAAACAAGUUGGCCGAUCAAUAUAAAAAAAUCAAACAAAAUGGAUAAAAGGCUAUUAAAUGUUAGCCUGUUAGGCAUGGCCUUCAUGUUUGUUUUCACUGCAUUUCAAACAAUGGGAAAUAUUGAAAAAACUAUACUGAAAAGUAUUCAAAAUGAUUAUCCAUCAUUUACUGGUGAUGGAUAUACUAGUUUGUCCAUUAUCUAUGUUGUGUUUGCUUUAUGUAAUUGGAUAUCUCCAUCAAUUGUCAGUUUUGCAGGUUCUAGAAUAGCUAUGUUUAUUGGAUCAUGUUGUUACACUAUGUUCUUAGUAUCAUUUCUUUGGCCGACUACCUUUUUACUUUAUUUUAUGUCCGCGAUAAUUGGUUUUGGUGCUUCAGUUAUUUGGACAGGACAAGGGACAUAUUUAACCUUAAAUUCUGAUUCUUCUACAAUGUCCAGAAAUUCAGGAAUAUUUUGGGCGUUGUUGCAAAUGAGUAUGUUUUUAGGAAAUACAUUUGUGUUUUUUGCACUUCGGGAUAAAAAUCAUUUGGAUGAAUCAACAAGAACAUUAGUCUUCACUGUCCUCAUAGCUGUAUGUUUUUUGGGCACAUUAUUAUUUUUACUUUUACGAUCACCUGUGAGUUCGGAAGGAACUGAAAAUGAACGAGGAGAAACUUUAUCACCUAUUCAAGAAAUAAAAAAUUCUUUAUCCCUUUUUCUGACUGAAGACAUGUGCUUAUUAAAUAUGUCAUUUUUUUUUACUGGUUUACAUUUGUCAUUUUAUAGUGGUGUCUACAGUCCAAGUAUUGGAUUCACUACAGCAAUGGGGACUAACAGCAAACAGCUUGUUGGCUUAUCUGGAAUCUUGAUUGGUGUUGGCGAAAUUUUAGGAGGUUUUCUGUUCAGCAUUUUGGGUAAAAAAACUUCUGAUAACAACGUUGAAUCUAAAGGAUUCAGUCAUUCAGCAGUGGUUGCUUUAGGUUUUAUUAUAAAUAUUGUUGCAUAUGGUUUGAUAUUUAUAAAUUUACCAGACGAUUCACCGUUUGGUGAUACAAACGCCAAAUCAUUUAUUGAACCUAAUCAGUACCUGGCAAUUUUCUGCAGUUUUCUUUUGGGUUUUGGCGACAGUUGUUUCAAUACCCAAAUUUACAAUGUGAUAGGACAAAGAUAUUCUGAAAAUAGUGCUCCAGCUAUGGCUUUGUUCAAAUUCAUGCAGUCAAUAGCUGCUGCUGUUAGUUUCUUCUACAGUAAUCAUUUUGGAAUGUAUGUUCAACUAACCUUGUUGGUGAUCACAUUAAUCAUGGGUACUCUGUCAUUUUUCAAAGUAGAUAAGUCUAUUGAUAACCGAUAUAAAGAAUUUUAGAAUUUUAAUAUUCAUUGGACCAAAUUAUUUGAAUCAUACGUUAAGCUAUACGUCAUAUUAUAUUAGAAAGAAAAUUUAUUUAAAACUAGUUUGACUGAUAUAAUGGUAUAUGAACAAAAAAGUUUCAAUGUGUCAUACAAAAUAUAUUUGUUCUAGGUUAAUAUUAUAAUUUAUUAAGAAUUAAAAAGAAUAUUAUUAUUAAUCAAGACUGUACCAACUAACAAUAUUUUUUAAUAUUAGAGAAAGUUAACAUUUAUUUUGUUUCUUCUUUAAUUGUAUUAACUACAAUUAAACUGAAAAGACAUCAUGCCCGCAUUUGUUGUUUCCGUCUUAUUCACGUACAAUAUAGCAAAUUGUAUUCAGCAGAAUCCAUUUUAUGUUGUUUAUUUUAAUAGUAGAGUAAAUUUACUUACUAUCAAACUUAAAUGUAAGAAUAUUAUUUAGAACAUUAUGUAAGCUUUUAUUGAUAAUUAAAUUUUAAAGUGAGUUAUGAGCAAUUUAAAGUUUUAAUAUUUUACAUAGCUAUCUCAUUUUAAAAUUAAAAUAAAAGCCUUCAUGGUGCUCUAUAUAAUAUUCUUACUUUUAAGUUGAAUAAUAAAUACAUUAUUAUUUUAAUCUAUAAACAGUAUAAAAUGGAUUCUACUGAACUCAAAUUUGCUAUGGUUUAUGUUAGUAAAAUACAGGCAGCAUAUUCGGGUUUGAUGUCCUUUUAAGCUCUCAAACUUAUAAAUAUUGAGGCAUUAUUAUACAAUCUAUCAUAAUAUUAGAAAAUAUUAGACUUGUUAGAAAAUGCUAAAUAUUAGAUUGUUAUUGAUAGAUACUAAUGUCUAGUCAUUAAAUGUAAGAAAGAUUUAAGGAAUAAGAUAAUUUUUUAUAAUGAAGUAUAAUAUUUUUAAUUAUAUUUUUAUAUUAACAUAUUUUAUUUUAUUCUUCAAAAUUAAAAACAAAAUAAUGUCAAAUGUUUAAAUGUAGCAAUAUUGUGUUUAAAAUCAAUGAUAUUUUAUUUUUUAUUAUAUUGCGAUAUAAUUUUAUAUUAUUUCCUAAUAUAUUUAUUAUUUUUAUUUUUAUACAUUUUUUAUAUAUUUAUGAUUAAGUGAAGUUUCAGGAUUUUUCAUAGGUUUUUGAUAAAGUCGCAUUUUUCAAUUAUAUAAUAAUAAUAAUUUUAUUUUUCUUACAAACAACAAAAAACAAAAGAAAUAACAAAUUAAUACAAGCUGAAAACUACUCUAUAAGCGUAAUGUUUGUGAUGGGGAUUAAGAAUUUGAGUUCAGUAUAAUAUAAAGUAUAGUUAAUUAAAAUAAAAAAUAAAAUACAUUAUAUAAUAACCAAGAAAAAAGACAUCAUAAAUAUUUUUUUAAAUAGAGAAUAGAACAAAAUAUAAAUACAUAAAUACUGUUUAGGAUAAUAGGUCAAGUGAUGAAAUAUACAUAAUUUUUAUUUAAAGAAAAUUCAAAAUUGUGUACUUAUGAUCCAAUAUCCAUACUAUAACUAGAUUAUAUGAUUCAAUUACUUAGUUUAAAUUUGUUAAGUCAAUAGGUCUUUCCUAUAUGCAAGGUAUACAAUUUUAUUUUUUUGACGAUUGCUUAUCUGUUGGUACCAGACAUUAACCAGCUUCUGACUAUAUGUAAUGAAUGUUACAACAUUUUAGGGCUCCUCAUUGAUGUAAAGAGUAACUACACAGUUACACAAUUGAUUUCAUGGUGUAAACCAAAUUUUAACACAAAAUACACAUGUUGACUGUUGACGUGUGAGUGUGUAACGGAUAUUAAAUAAUAGAUAUUCUAGUGUAAAAUAAUGAUUUCUUUUUAAAAAUUUAAAAAAAAUCUCAAAAAUAUAAAUGUACAAUUUUUUUUAAAUUAAGAUUUCAAGUUUAAUAUUUGACGAAUUUGAUAUUUAAACAAAAAAUAGAGAUAUUAAUUAUUUUGUUGUAAUUAAAAACUUUGUUACUGAUAUUUUAUAGUUUAAUGUACCUAUAUAAACAAUGA